AAAUAUUUCACAACCUAUCUAUUGCAUCGCAGUUUGUGUGUACACCUUUGUGCCUGUCGCUUUCUGACUCCAACUCUCGAUAUACAUCUGAUGAUCAGGCCAUCCCUUACCCAAGUUGGUCCCAGGGUGCUGCUGACGCCUCACGUCCCUCGGCCUGCCUUUGCUGUCGCAGCCAGGUUCUCAUCCACUGCAAGUGGACCACUUAAUCCUGACUCGAUCUUUGUCAUUUCUGUACCAAUAACCACAAAACGGUCGUACGUCUACUGCAACCACAAGCCUAGAGUUCUUUCUGAGGCUCAGGCCCGCCAUUUCCCAUUGGCUACCAGGUUGGAGUCCAAACUCACGGGAGCUGCCUUGAAGGUAUGGACAAAACUCUCGACAUCCAAGGCAUCUAUUAAUAUCAAAAUCACUGCUUUGGCCAAGCGCAUGCUUGACACGGUGGCGUACCAGGAAAACUGUUUGCGGUCAUUUCCAUCCAAGGAUGCCAUGAUCAGAGAAAUCAAUCAGGAAGCCCUUUCCAAGAACCAACCUGAUCCUCUUGUGGUACAAAGUCACAUUGACCAGUUGAAAAUACACCACAGCCAAAUCAAGCCGAUUCCAAUGUACCAUGCCAGUUUCCAGACCCCCGGCAACAUUAUUAGUCAAUUGGAGGAGUUUAAAACAAACUCUUAUUCCACUCACCUAAAGUACCUGAUUCUUUGUGGAAUAGGAGUACCGAUUUCUUUACCAUUUGCAAUUGUGCCUGUGAUUCCCAACAUCCCGGGGUUCUAUUUGGCGUAUAGGUUCUAUUGCAACGUCAAAGCGUUAAGUGGUAUCAACCAUUUGAAGUAUCUCUUGGAGUCCAGCGAUGGAACGGCUGCGGGCACUCGUCACCUUGAUUUUAUCACCAAGCCAGAAAUCGAUAGUGUUUACCGCGAAACUAACGAUAAAUCCGACUUAUACAUUGAUUCGGUGCAAGAGGAAGAACGUCUCAUUAUAAGUCCCAAGAUUAUUGAAGAUUUGACCGACAAGUUGAAUAUUCCACACUUGAAGGAAGAGUUGAACAAAGCUUGGCGACAGGAAAAGCUGAGGUUGAAGCGGGAAUUGAAGGUCGAUGAUGCAGUUCAGUAAAAUGUAUAUAGUUUGUGAUGUUUUCACAAUAAUACGAAUAUUUAUCUCCCA